AUGGUGACCACCGGCGUUGCGACCCAGAAGGCGGUGCUGGGCGGCAACCGGGUGCAGGCCCGGUGCGCCGCCGCCCGGGCCAGCCGGCCUCGGGUCGUGGCAUGCAGCGCCAGCAAGGGCUCGGUCAAGAAGGUGGUGCUGGCCUAUAGCGGCGGCCUGGACACCUCCGUGAUCCUCAAGUGGCUGCAGGACACGUACGAUUGCGAGGUGGUCACCUUCACCGCCGACCUGGGCCAGGGGGAGGAGCUGGAGCCUGCGCGGCAGAAGGCGGAGGCGGCGGGCGUCAAGGAGAUCUACAUUGACGACCUGCGGGAGGAGUUUGUGGGCGACUUUGUGUUCCCCAUGUUCAGGGCCAACUCGCUGUACGAGGGCACCUACCUGCUGGGCACCUCCAUCGCCCGCCCGCUCAUCGCCAAGCGCCAGAUCGAGAUCGCGCUGGAGGUGGGCGCCGAUGCCGUGUCGCACGGUGCCACCGGCAAGGGCAACGACCAAGUGCGCUUUGAGCUGGGCUACUACGGCCUGAAGCCUGACAUCAAGGUCAUUGCCCCGUGGCGCGAGUGGGACCUCAACUCCCGCACCAAGCUCAUCGCCUACGCUGAGCAGCACGGCAUUGCGGUGCCCGCCGGCAAGCGCAACGAGCCCCCCUUCUCGAUGGACGCCAACCUGCUGCACAUCUCGUAUGAGGGCAAUGCGCUGGAGGAUCCCUGGAUCGAGCCCAGCGAGACGAUGUUCACCCGCUCAGUCAGCCCUGAGCAGGCCCCAGACAAGCCCACCUACAUCGAGAUUGAGUUUGAGAAGGGCGACCCGGUGGCCAUCAACGGCACCCGCAUGUCCCCCGCCACAAUCCUGACAGAGCUCAACCGCCUGGGCGGCGAGAAUGGCAUCGGGCGCGUGGACAUUGUGGAGUCGCGCUUCGUGGGCAUGAAGUCGCGGGGCGUGUACGAGACGCCCGGCGGCACCAUCCUGCUGGGCGCGCGGCGCGCCAUGGAGUCAAUCUGCCUGGACCGCGGCGAGGCGCACCUCAAGGAUGACCUCAUGCCCAAGUACGCGGAGCUGGUGUACAACGGCUUCUGGUUCUCCCCCGAGCGCCUCGCGCUGCAGGACGCCAUCGACCGCACGCAGCAGUUUGUGGCGGGCACGGUGCGGGUGAAGCUGUACAAGGGCAACGUGGUGGUUGUGGGGCGCAAGAGCCCCUACAGCCUGUACGACGACAAGAUCAGCAGCUUUGAGGAUGAUGGCGGCGCGUACGACCAGAAGGACGCGGCCGGCUUCAUCAAGCUGCAGGCGCUGCGCCUGCGCACCCUGGCGAAAAACCGCGGCCACAAGUGGAACAAGGAGUUGUUCUGA